UCUCCCCGCCCCGAGCCCCAGUCAGCCCGUCCUUCCUUCCCUUCCCUUGCAUGAUGGAAACACCAUGGCUGCGGCGGCCCAGCUUUCUCUGACACAGUUAUCAAGUGGAAAUCCUGUAUAUGAAAAAUACUAUAGACAGGUUGAUACAGGCAAUACUGGAAGGGUGUUUGCUUCUGAUGCUGCUGCUUUCCUGAAAAAAUCAGGGCUUCCAGACUUGAUACUUGGAAAGAUUUGGGAUUUAGCCGACACAGAUGGCAAAGGUAUCCUGAACAAACAAGAAUUCUUUGUUGCUUUGCGUCUUGUAGCAUGUGCCCAGAAUGGAUUGGAAGUUUCACUAAGUAGUUUGAACCUGGCUGUUCCUCCACCAAGAUUUCAUGAUACCAGUAGUCCUUUGCUAAUCAGUGGAACCUCUGCAGCUGAGCUCCCAUGGGCUGUAAAACAUGAAGAUAAGGCCAAAUAUGAUGCAAUUUUUGAUAGUUUAAGCCCAGUGAAUGGAUUUUUAUCUGGUGAUAAAGUGAAACCAGUGUUGCUCAACUCUAAGUUACCUGUGGAUAUCCUUGGAAGAGUUUGGGAGUUGAGUGAUAUUGACCAUGAUGGAAUGCUUGACAGAGAUGAGUUUGCAGUUGCCAUGUUUUUGGUAUACUGUGCACUGGAGAAAGAACCUGUGCCAAUGUCCUUGCCUCCAGCCUUGGUGCCACCAUCUAAGAGAAAAACGUGGGUUGUAUCCCCUGCAGAAAAAGCUAAAUAUGAUGAAAUCUUCCUGAAAACUGAUAAAGAUAUGGACGGAUUUGUGUCUGGACUGGAGGUCCGUGAAAUCUUCUUGAAAACAGGUUUACCUUCUACCUUACUAGCCCAUAUAUGGUCAUUAUGCGACACAAAGGACUGUGGGAAGCUUUCAAAGGAUCAGUUUGCCUUGGCUUUUCACUUAAUCAGUCAGAAGUUAAUCAAGGGCAUUGAUCCUCCUCACGUUCUUACUCCUGAAAUGAUUCCACCAUCAGACAGGGCCAGUUUACGAAAGAACAUCAUAGGAUCAAGUCCUGUUGCAGAUUUCUCUGCUAUUAAGGAACUAGAUACUCUUAACAAUGAAAUAGUUGACCUACAGAGGGAAAAGAAUAAUGUGGAACAGGACCUUAAGGAGAAAGAAGAUACUAUUAAACAAAGGACAAGCGAGGUUCAAGAUCUUCAAGAUGAAGUUCAAAGGGAGAAUACUAAUCUGCAAAAACUACAGGCCCAGAAACAGCAGGUACAGGAACUCCUUGAUGAACUGGAUGAGCAGAAAGCCCAGCUGGAGGAGCAACUCAAGGAAGUCAGAAAGAAAUGUGCUGAGGAGGCCCAACUGAUCUCUUCUCUGAAAGCUGAAUUAACUAGUCAGGAAUCACAGAUCUCCACUUAUGAAGAAGAAUUGGCAAAAGCUAGAGAAGAACUGAGCCGUCUACAGCAAGAAACAGCAGAAUUGGAGGAGAGUGUAGAGUCAGGGAAGGCUCAACUGGAACCUCUUCAGCAGCACCUACGAGAUUCGCAACAGGAAAUUAGUUCAAUGCAAAUGAAACUGAUGGAAAUGAAAGAUUUGGAAAAUCAUAAUAAUACGUUAAAUUGGUGCAGUAGCCCACACAGCAUUCUUGUAAAUGGAGCUACAGAUUAUUGCAGCCUCAGCACCAGCAGCAGUGAAACAGCCAACCUUAAUGAACAUACUGAAGGCCAGAGCAACCUAGAGUCUGAGCCCAUACAUCAGGAAUCUCCAGCAAGAAGUAGUCCUGAACUACUGCCUUCUGGUGUGACUGAUGAAAAUGAGGUGACUACAUCUGUUACUGAAAAAGUUUGUUCUGAACUCGAUAAUAACAGACAUUCAAAAGAGGAAGAUCCAUUUAAUGUAGACUCAAGUUCGCUGACAGAUCCAGUUGCAGAUACAAACUUGGAUUUUUUCCAGUCUGAUCCUUUCGUUGGCAGUGAUCCUUUCAAGGAUGAUCCUUUUGGAAAAAUCGAUCCAUUUGGUGGUGAUCCUUUCAAAGGUUCAGAUCCAUUUGCAUCAGACUGUUUCUUCAGGCAAUCUACUGAUCCUUUUGCCACUUCAAGCACUGACCCUUUCAGUGCAGCCAACAAUAGCAAUAUUACAUCGGUGGAAACAUUGAAGCACAAUGAUCCUUUUGCUCCUGGUGGAACAGUUGUUGCAGCAAGCGAUUCAGCCACAGACCCUUUUGCUUCUGUUUUUGGGAAUGAAUCAUUUGGAGAUGGAUUUGCCGACUUCAGCACAUUGUCAAAGGUCAACAAUGAAGAUCCUUUUAGUUCAGCCACAUCGAGCUCUGUCAGCAAUGCAGUGAUUACAAAAAAUGUAUUUGAGGAAAUAUCGGUCAAAAGUGAAGAUGAACCCCCAGCACUGCCACCAAAGGUCGGAACUCCAACAAGACCCUGCCCACCACCACCUGGGAAAAGAUCCAUCAACAAACUGGAUUCUCCUGAUCCCUUUAAACUGAAUGAUCCAUUUCAGCCUUUCCCAGGCAAUGAUAGCCCCAAAGAAAAAGAUCCUGAAAUGUUUUGUGAUCCAUUCACUUCUUCUACUACUACUACCACUACCAAUAGAGAGGCUGAUCCAAGCAAUUUUGCCAACUUCAGUGCUUAUCCCUCUGAGGAAGAUAUGAUCGAAUGGGCCAAAAGGGAAAGUGAGAGAGAGGAAGAGCAGAGGCUUGCCCGACUAAAUCAGCAAGAACAAGAAGACUUAGAACUGGCUAUUGCACUCAGCAAAUCUGAGAUAUCAGAAGCAUGAAGAAUUCUCUUGUUCUUUGGCAACAAUAUAGUACUCUUCUUCCUGAAUACUGAAACUAUUUACAAUGUGUAUCAAAACUACCUGUGAGCAUGGGAAUACAAAAGGUUUGAGAUUCCUGUAAAUGUGACAAAAUUUUAGGAUUUUUUUUUUCCUUCAUUACAGAUUCGUCUUUUUUUUUUCUUAUAAAAGCCGUAACCCAGUCAGACAAAUUCACCUUCACUUAGGCCCCUGGCCCCUGUUCUGGUAUACAUUUACUGUGAGCUUUUGCCUGCCUGUGCUAUUUUACUUGUAAAGCUAGAGCAAAGCUAGAGCUAUUUUACUUGCUUUACUUGUAAAGCAAGCUUCUGCUUUCUGGAAUAUAGAGAAAUAGUUUCACCCUGCACUACGCUGUUCUGUAGUUAUUCUGAUGAUAGCCAGUGAGAUUCUUAAAGUUUGCAGUAUUCUCCCCUGAUUGGAAUGGUUGAGUGAGGAUAAGGGAAAGAAUAUCUUACUUCUUUUAUGAUUGGUGCAAAUUGGUUAAAGUGCAUUUUUAAAUUUCCUUAUAGUAAAAAUACUACUUAAUUUGUUUUUUAGAGACAAGGAAAAAUAUUUUGCACAGAUUUACUCCACUAUGGAAAAGGGACACUUUAGGUUGAACCAUUAUAGCCUCAGAUUCGAUCUUUUCCUAACUAAAAAUAGUAAAGCCUCAUGUGUGAAAUAAAUUUUUUUAAAGAUUUAUCUGGAUUUAGAGAAUUUUAGAUCAACAGAUACCUCUCGGUGUGUUUGCUAAUUAAUAAAAAUUAGUUUCUUACAAAUAAAGUUUGUAAGAAAAUGUUCAUUUUAAGUACUAGAUAGUGGAGAAAAUUUAUCACCUAAAAUAUACCCAUCAGUAUAAGGCAAGCAAAAGUCUUAACAUGGCAGCCAUUCUGCCUUUGCCGUGGCCCUGUCCUGUUUAGUUCUUAGUGGGUUUAUUUUUGUACUUUUGCAGAAGAAACUUCAGCAAGCUAGAACUGGAAGGUACUUUAAUUUUUCAUAUAUACUUGUGUUUUUUUUUUUUAAAUGAAGGCUCAUUUACUUGAAAUGUAAAAACUUUCACUGAAUACAAAUAGGAAAAAAAGUGAUGUGUUUUAUAUCAUAUUGCUUUUUGUCCAUCUUCGUGGUUUAGUUUAUUUACUCACUUCAUGUUUUUCACCUAUAAAAUUGUCAAGCUAGCAACAAAACUGUUGUUUGUUUAAUUGGGAGAGAAGAGACCUGUCAGAUUAUCAAAACUCUUCACGUGUUAAAAGACCAUCUCCUGUAAAACCGACCUAGUGGACAAGCUGAAUUUGAAAUAGACUGUGAAGUAAGCUGUAACUUGUCAUUUUAAUUUUGUUUAACAUGGUUACUGACUUAGAUGAUGUAUUGAAUACCAAGAUAAAGAAAAAUACACCUAAAAUCUAAUUAGAAUUACCUGGGUCACCAAGUCAAGGUAGUAUUGAUCUGUGUUAAUCUGAGUAACUUAUUGCCUAGCCUAUAAAUAAAUUUCAAAGUAUCCAAUUCAUUUCUUCUUGAAAUGGUGCUUGUUUUCUUUCCAUUACACAAUUGGACUCCUACAGUUUAAAACAAACUUUAAACCACUAUCUUGCACUGCUUACUUUUUUCUACAUUUGUAAAUAGAAACAUUUCUGCAUAAAAGUCAUACAUAUGAAGCAAGGGCUGAAUCAUAAUCACAAGGCUUUAAUUUUGAUAAACAAAUCCAGUGACCUAAGGAUUUUCUUCAAAAUUUGACUGAGAAGUUAAGUAUUGGGAGUUGCGAUAGGUGGUAUUUUUGUUUGUUUUCUUCCUCUUAAACUCCUUAGGAUAAAGGUAAGUUGACUUGAACAACUUUCUUUUGCACUGGGAAAAUGAGCAAAUGUUGGAAAUGCUUCAAAAAUUUUUUUAAUUAAAAAAACACUCGAAAUUAAUAAAUACCUAUAACUUAUAAACACCCACAUUCAAUGUAAUAAAUGUAUCCUAAUCUUAUGUAUGUUUAACUGGAUUACAUAGAUUUUUAUCUUUUGUUAAAAUGUGUGUACUCCGUGGACCAAUAUAAUAUUAAAGUAUGUAUAUAUUAUAUAAAUAUAUAUGUAUAUCUAUGUGCUCGCUUGUGUAGGAUGAAUGUCUUAGAGUCGUUUGUGGUAUUUUAUGUUGUUGACUCUGGCUCCAGGGCCUGUGCUUGAAAAGGACAGAUAAGUAUUGCCCAGAGCUAAGUGGCACUACUUACAAAGUUUUAAACAUCUUCUACAUACUGAUUCAUGUUUAUUUGAGCUCUCUUUAUAGAAUUUUCUCUUAAAGUUUCAGACCUCUAAGUUGUAGCCUGUAAUUAUGAGAACAGUAAACUUUAAGUAAUAAUAAAGAAUCCUAUCCAUAUAUCUAAUUUGCAGUGGAGUUUUGCAUGGUUCUCUGAUUAUGUCCAUGCUGUGUCCAAGGAGGAGUAGCUAUAUACAAUCAGCACAGAUUAAUAUGUGUAAAGGGUUUGGGACAGCACCUGGUAUAGAAUAAAUAAUAAAUGUAAACUAUUA